AUGGCUGCCCGAACGGGACGCGAGAGCAUGGAGUACUUUUGUGAUGCGGUCAUCAAUUUAUAUCAAAAGAAGUUCUUACGUAGGUCGACAUCUCAUGACAUUGCUCUCAUCACACAAGCUCAUGAAGAAAGACACCACAUUCCAGGAAUGCUUGGUAGUCUUGAUUGUACCCACAUCGAAUGGAGGAUGUGCCCUAAACACUUAAAAGGGCAAUACACGGGGGGUGAUCACAAGCAGUCGCCAUUGUUUCAAAACGAGCGUAAUGGAUCCGCGCCAGACAGUUCAUUUAGCGUAAAUGGACGGAAUUACAAGCGUGGUUAA